AUGGGUACCUCCUGUGCAUCCGCCUACAUCACCACCUACGCCAGGGUGCAUGCUCGCUGCGCAGGCAGUUGCGUUGCUUCAGGUGUGGCCAGCAUGGGCAUGAAGGCUCAAGUGUGGUGGAUCACAAACACCGGCUUCGACGGCCCAAAACGGGGCGGAGCCAGGAUUUUUGACAGCAGGCGCCGUGAAUCCAGGCGUCGUGGGGAGGAGCUCUUCCGUCAUAACGUUAACGAGUUCGAGUUCUGCGUGCACAAUCUGGUUGCCGCACCGGGGUCAAGGCAGAAGAGGAUUCAGCGUGGCCGCGGCAAGUAUGGGCACCACGGACGAACUUGCGGUUACGGUACCACCAAGAACGGUGCUCACAAGCGCGGACGCCGCACGCUGAACCCUGGCUACGAGGGGAAUCAGAAGCCACUUCACCUGAAGACACCAAAGCUCACUCAGGAGCAACGGGACUCCAUGAAAGCCGACCCCUUCACAUGGGUGCCGCUGAAAGUGUUGAACCUCUGCGAAGAUGGGGAUGAGGUUGAUUACAUGGAUCUCAAGGUCCGAGGUCUUCCCGUGCCAUCACGACGCAGGUUUGACAGGGCAGGAAGCUCAGACUCACGAUGA